AUGGGUCUAAAGGAAGAAGCAUGGCCAUCUUCGGCCUCGUUCGACGAUCUCGCAGAAGCUCUCUCCGACCCACAAUCGAAGAAAGAUGCGAUCAAGCAGGCAGGCACAAUUUUUGCGUUCACACUGAAGAAUGACAAGGGCGAGGAGAAGUCGUGGUUCAUCGAUCUGAAAGAGACCGGUGUAGUCGGCAAGGGUCUGGCACCAGAGGGCAAGAAGGCAGAUGUCACCAUGAUCCUCAGCGACGAGAACUUUGCCAAGCUCAUCGUUCAGAAGGCCAACGCCCAGAAGCUCUUCAUGAGCGGCAAGCUGAAGGUCAAGGGUAACGUCAUGAAGGCCACGAAGUUGGAGCCCAUUCUCAAGCGGGCACAGCCAAAGGCUAAGCUUUAG